AUGUACGGUGAUAUAGCUCUUUGGAACCUCGACGAGAAAAGAUUAUCACAUAUUAUCAAAGGUGCUCAUGAUGGAUUAAUCCCUUCGAUACAAUUUCUUAACGGCCAGCCUAUAUUACUUACUUCUGGAGCCGAUAAUUCUAUAAAGGAAUGGAUUUUUGACUCUUUGGAUGGAGUUGAGCCUCGUCUUUUAAAGUCAAGGAGUGGUCAUCAUGCUCCUCCAACUAAAAUUGAAUUUUAUGGAUCAGAUGGUCAUUUCAUUCUAAGUGCAGCUGGUGAUAGGUCAUUAAGAGCAUUCUCAUUUAUACGAGAUUCACAAAGCGUAGAAUUGUCUCAAGCUGAGGUAAAGCAGAAAGAGUGGGAUAAUAUUAUUUCUUGUCAUAUGAAUAAUAAUGGGGCUCGGACAUGGUCAUUUCAAUCCAAAGUUAUUGGCAAACAUGUCCUUCGUACGUUUGAUGGAUCACAUAUUAAGAUUUGGGAUUUUAAUACAGCAAAAGUUAAGAGCACGAUAGAAAUAGAGUCUCCAAUAUCAGUUUUACGAUUUCAUACCGAAAAUGAUUUGUUGGCAGUCGUUAGUGAUGACUUGUGUAUUCGAGUUAUAGAUGUAGAAACUAAUAAAGUUAUUAGAGAGUUUUGGGGGCAUAAAAAUCGAAUAACAGAUUUGACAUUUAGUCCCGACGGACGGUGGAUCGUUUCUACAUCUCUUGAUGCUACAAUUCGUACUUGGGACCUUCCAACUGGCCAUCUAGUAGACAUAUUUCGAGUGGAAAAUGUCCCAACUAGUAUAACAUUCUCACCAAAUGGUGAUUUUUUGGCAACUUCACACGUAGAUCUUGUGGGAAUCUUCUUAUGUGUUACAUUGAGGAGAAUAGAUGAUGACAAUGAUAUUUCUUUGGUUGAGCUUCCAACCACAUUGGGCAUAGAAGAUAACAAUGAAGAUUUGUUUGUGUCUAAUUCUAAUGAAACAAAUGAUGUUUCAUUUGAAACACCGGAACAGCUCACGGAGCAAAUGAUAACUUUAUCAUCGCUUCCGAAGUCUAAAUGGCAAAAUUUAUUGAAUUUAGAAACUAUUAAGGAACCUCCCAAAGCUCCAGAGAGGCCACCAUUUUUCCUCCCUACACUGCCCGGAGUUGAUCCAAAAUUUGUUCCUUCCAUUUCCUUAAACGAAUCUGAGAAAGAAAAGAAACAAAAAGGUGGUAAAACCUUAAAUGCGAUAAAAUCAAGACUAAAAUCUAAAAAAGAUUUUGAAUUGGUUCAAGCAUAUUUAAAUCACUUUUUAAAAAUUUAUGGCGAUAUUAUUACUAGUAAUUACGAAUCACUUGGAA